AUGGAUGUGAUCGAGACGGACACCGCCGAAGUACAGGUAAACUCUGUAGGAGCUACCAGCUAUGUGAACAGCUACAAGAUCAUGGAUAUGCUGGGCGAGGGCACGUUUUCGAAAGUUUAUCUUUGCCAGAACGACGCAGGGGUUGAGUUUGCGCUCAAGAUCGUCAACAAGUCAAUCCUGAAGCGCAAACGCGAGUACAAACGUGUCGACGGGAAACUUGUUCUCUCCAACGUCUUCCAGAAAGUCCAAAAAGAGGUAGCUAUCAUGAAAAAGCUAGCACACUCGAACCUCGUCAGGUUGUACGAGGUCAUCGAUAGCCCGGCCGACGAUAAAUUGUUCUUGGUGCUCGAACUCAUCCGCGGCGGUCAGGUCAUGCACUGGGACGACAAGAAAUCUCGCUAUAUUGCUCGCAAUUCCACGACGGGUGUACUAGAUAAGGAAACCGUUCGCGAGUGCAUGCGUGACGUCGUCGCUGCACUAGUCUUUCUGCAUCGUAACCAUAUCUGCCAUCGCGACAUCAAGCCCGAGAAUAUUCUUCUAUCUGGUGAUCGGUACAAGCUCGCUGACUUUGGAGUUGCUCAUAUGAAUGAAGACGAACUAUCAGCUGCAGCCAAAGGUGGGGAUGCGGCUGCUUUAAAGCUCCGUAGUACCGAAGGGACGUAUCAUUUUCUCGCCCCGGAAUGCACGACUGGUGACGAAUAUGAUCCUUAUCAGGUAGACGUUUGGGCGCUAGGGGUGACCAUGUUCACCUUGCUAUCUGGGACGCUACCAUUCGGCACAAGCGUCGCAUCAUUGAGUGAUGUGAUGAUGUCAAUUCGCGAGGAUCCGUUGGUUCUACCGCCCGAUCUUGAUGCUGAAUGCGCUCAACUACUCACUCAGCUUUUGGAGAAGAGCCCCCACAAACGUAUCACGGUUACGCUGCUCAAAACCCACCCGUGGCUCUUGGGAGCAGGUGAUGAACUGAUUCGAAGACCUUCGAGUCGGGAAGUGAUGGUAACGCAGCAGGAGAUCGAAGCUGCUUUCACACCAGUCAAUAACUUUAUUCUGGUGAUGAAACUCAAGAUGAAAAUGUCGUCACGGCUCAAUAACGCCCGCAAAGCGCUCGCUAACAACGUUAACGGCACUCGAGUUGAUAAAGCGAUGCCAGUGACAGAAAAUAAUUUCGUGUUUUCGUCUCAACCUGCUGAAGAUAAAGGAGAUAAGGAGACAAAGACGGCCGAAAUGGCCCCUGGUGAAUUACCACGGGUGAAGACUGAUAAAUUACAGAGACGGCCGAGUGGUCUUGUGGGAAAUAUAAGCGAGACGGUGGGCUCUCUUACUUCGACAUUAACGCGUCGACUAAGAGCUAUCGUACCAGCUUUCGAUAGCGCAACUUCGGCCACACCGCCUCAAGCUCCGGAAAUGGAUUCAACAGGCAAAGCAGAUGCAAAUGGGCGCCCCGGGCCUAGCAUGUCGACUCGCAACUCGCGCGCCAUUGAAGCCUUAAUCUUCGAAAUGCGUACUGACAUCGAGCCGUUGGCCGGAGUCGUGACAACCGAAGAAAUCUGUGGUGAUCUGUCGCCCGGUAGAAAUGAAGCUCGGAGAACUUCUUUGGUAUCGUUACUUAACAGGGACAAGUCUCCAACCAAGUCAGACGCGGGAUUAUCGCCGAACACACACAAACUGACAAAACGCAAGUCGGUAUCCCCGACGAGCUGGGACGAAAAAUGAAGACCUUAGCUUAGCUUGCUUUCCGUCCACAAAGGUAACCCAAAACGAAAUCGUAGUACAGUACAUGGACAAUAAAAAAAAAAAAGCGUGCAAUACAUGGUGAACCUGAAGAGUGACCGCUCGUUCAUGAGUUGGUGUCUUGGCGCUUAA